AGGCGAGCGGAGCAGCGCUCGGGGCUGAGGGGAGAGCGAGUCGGAGCUGGGGGAGGCAGGAGCGGCCAGGCCCCGCCAGCCGCAGGGCGCAGCAGCAGCAGCAGCAGGAGGAGGGGGCUCGCCAGCGGGUCGGUGCCCGGCGCCCCCCCCGGGAGCCGCCCCUGCCGGGACCCCCCCGCAGCCCGGAGGACCGGGGCUCUGACAGCCCGAGAGGAGGAGCCGGGCACCGGGGGCACCAUGUCCUCCCACCCGGCAAGAGGCGGAUGGACACCGACGUGGUCAAGCUUAUUGAGAGCAAACAUGAAGUCACAAUCCUAGGAGGACUCAAUGAAUUUGUAGUGAAGUUUUAUGGACCACAAGGAACACCAUAUGAAGGUGGAGUGUGGAAAGUUAGAGUGGACCUUCCUGAUAAAUACCCUUUCAAAUCCCCAUCUAUAGGAUUCAUGAAUAAAAUUUUCCAUCCCAAUAUUGACGAAGCGUCAGGAACUGUAUGUCUAGAUGUAAUUAAUCAAACUUGGACAGCUCUCUAUGAUCUUACCAAUAUAUUUGAGUCGUUCCUGCCCCAGUUGCUGGCCUAUCCUAACCCCAUAGAUCCUCUAAAUGGUGACGCUGCAGCCAUGUAUCUCCACCGACCGGAAGAAUACAAACAGAAAAUUAAAGAAUACAUUCAGAAAUAUGCAACAGAAGAAGCACUAAAAGAACAGGAAGAAGGUAACUGUAUUACUCUUCCCCCAGUCUAUUCAAUGACCAGGUUUAACACAGUGAACACUUUCAUGCAUGUCUCAUUUGAAGAAGCCAGUUUUCUAAUAAAAAGGUGUCCCCUCCUAAGCUUCCAAAAGAAUUACAAUUAGAGCUGAAAAUCUAAGGUAGACUCCUGGAAAAGUAAGCACAUGUAUAACUGCAUUGAUUUUCUAGGUUGUGAAGAUGCAGUUUGGCUUCUAUUAAUUGUCCAAGUUGCUCUGACUCCUCUGCACGUUACUUUGUGCUUACAGGCAGCCGACGCAAGGUAUUUGUGGGUAUAGAUCUGGAACUUCUCCAGCAAGAUGUUUCCUUGGAUAUUAAUGGAGCUUUACACAAGAAACCUAUAGCAUUGCCUGCAGCAUGUCGAAAAGAUCAUCUUCUUGGUAUAUUUCAUGUUUGAUCAUUCUCCCCUGUAGUGAUUGCAGCAGGAAAGGAAGCCUACAGUAAAUUCUCAAAACACCUGCAGUUCAAAGGAAUAUGGCCUAGUGUAAAACUCUUGUAGGGAAUAAAUUGAAAUGGAUUUCCCUUCUUUCUAGACUGGAACAGCUGCGUAUUGCCUCAUUCUGCCCUUUCUCCCAUCUUUCACCUCCCUCCCCAUCUCAAACAAGAACCGUCUGUAAAUAAACUACACACCCCUAGACUGGAAGAGAAAAGUGGAAUCGUUCUGAAACAGGAUGCCCAGUUUUUUUCAGUUCCAGUUUCUUUUGAAAUGCUAAUGUUCGUUUUUCUGAAAGAACCACUGCCAUUCUCUUCCCUGUUCAGAUGACUGAAUCUCAAAGCAUCAGCCCAGGUGGAACUUAACAAGCCUACUCCAACGUGACUACGUUUGAUCCACUGUAUGUAGAUUCGUGCUCUCGGUGAAUCCCUGAAUAUGAAAGCUUGUUAGUAACCUAUUCUGGUUGUUAUGGAAGUAGGCUCUUUGGCUUCACAUCUGAUAGCUUGUCACCUUGUUCUUGAGCUUUGUGUGACUUACAGAAAUUGAGAAAUAUCAAAGCUGCCCCAGAUCCGCAGAAGCGUCUCAAGAAGCUACCUACAUUGCCAACUAGGUUAAUCUUGAAUUUCAUCAGGUGUAUUUUUGACUCCUCUUUUAGGUUUCUAAGUGUAUUUUCUUGGUUCAUUUGACUUUCCAUAAUAAUUUUAGACUUUAAAAAUAAAAAUUAAGGAGGGGAGUCUUGGCGAAAGCUACUCUUAAGGGAGUGGCAUCUCGAUAUGAACUGAGUGGAAUAAUAAUGCUUUGUAAAUUAACUGGUAAUGUGUAAACCCUCAGUCAGAGGAGGGGGAAAUGGAAGUUAAAUGCUAUUUCUGUUACCUCUAAUGUUCAAAUUGGCCACUUAGGUUUUUGGGAGUACUACCUACGUAGUCACUUCUGUAAUCUCCCAUAUCCGUGUUUUAUUGCCACCCCCACAUUAUCUGCCUGCAGUGCGCACACACCAGGGAGAUGGAGUCCCCUUUUCCCCAUAAGGGAUGAGAAAUUCUGUAACCUGUGCUGCAGUUGGGUUGCCCUGGCUUUUCCCCCCCCUCCCAGCAAGACUAAUCACAGGGCAUUCUGAUGUAAGUGGUAGCUCUCAGGUAUGCAAGGACUCCCCCCACCCCAACCCCGCACCUUUGUCAGUUCUAUACCACACCAUGCAGGGGGCAUUGAGGAGAGGGCAGGGCUGUUGGCUGGUUUUUCUUUUGCUUCUUUUUGCUCAUCUGAAUUCCGCUGGCACUUUAGCAGGAGCGUGUGCAGCAUGAGAAAUGGCCAUUAUUUUACUGACUGUAUUUGAUACCUGUUGUGUGAUACUUGAAGAUAUAAAGGGUGUUUUCCCUUCAUUUGAGUCUAAGCUUUUUUCUUUUCUUUUUUUCCCUUUUUUCUUGCAUUGUGAUGAUGUAGUGGGCAUGCCUGUCACCAUGACAAAUGCCUCUUCUCUAAGAAUAUAACCUCUCAAAUAGUUGUGUAUAAUUAAAGAACUGUAAACUUUUUUAAAUAAAAGAUGUAUAUACCUUGACACUUGACUGGUACUUGAUCAGUAAGGUCUGGCUCUCAUAGGCAGCAUCCCCAGUACCUCCUGUCUUUUAAACCUCCAGCCCCCGAGAUUCAACAGCAGCUAUUAACCAGACUGCCCAAGAUUCUGCCUUCAAAACCAGUCCAGAUUUUUCCUAUAUGAGAUGCUCUGGUGGAAGAACAUCCUGUUGCAUAUGCAGUGUGUCUGAUUGCAGUGUUUGGUGUAACUAGGUUAUUAUAAGUCAGGAAGUCUGUUAAAAAUAGCUGAUGGGUGCAGUAAAAGAACCUAAUUAGACUAGUAUAAAUUGGUUUCUUUGGUUGUAGGCCCAUUGGCAGAUAAGGUUUGUGAAACUUGCCUCUGGCCAACACUAGAUGGCACUAUUUGCCACAUUCUCCACAAAGUGGUCUGGCAGAUUUUAGUAAAGGGUUUUUCAACCAAAACUGCUGUAAAUUUGGAUUAUGCCCUAAAUGUGUUGGUAAUGUGAGCAAGCAAAUGAGCAGGUUUCUUCAUCUUAUUAGAAUGGAUAUUAAGUGAGCUCUUCUAGGAAAAUACCUAAUGCAUUAUAUGUACAUGGAUCAUGCCAAGUACUUUAUAAAAUGUGAACUGGGGAAUAGGGGAGUGGUUUCAAGGUGUUUGCAGUUUAAAUUGGCCAAGGACAAUGUGGAGACAACGGUGCCAAAGUUAGAAAGCUGAGACCUCAACAGUGAGAUCUAUGCAGGAAAGCUUUGGGGAAAGUGGAUCUGAAGGGUGGGUGGAUAUAAAAGUAUUGUCUUACAAGCACAGUGUGUCAGUCAUUCCGAUUUUACACCUACAGGACAUAACCAAUACUCUUUCAAUUUCAAUAAGUUCCUCUAAAUGGAAGAAGUGGUGAGGGGUCUGUACGUUUUUCCUGAAAACUGAAUCUGAAAGAUAUUAAACAUAAAAGGAAGUGGCUCAGUUCGGAAGCUAGCUCAGCCAUUCAGUAACCAAGUACUAAGGGAUUCCAAUUGCUUGGUCAGCAGGUGAAACAAAGUUUUUAGCUUCAAAAUACAUACUUGUCCUUGGAGUUUCUUUACGAAGCCAGUGCCCCAUUAAACACGUCUCACAGUAGUUGGAUGUGCUAAUGUAAUCUGGGCUCUGUACAGGGCAGGAGAGCCCUAUGGCAAAUGUGUAUAUAUUAAACAUUUCCACCUGGGUUGGGCUCAUGCCUGUUCAUCACAAUCUGUUAAUGGACCCCCUUCAUCUCAUCUGUUACCCAUGGUUGUGUCAUGUCUGAACUAGAUUGUAAGUUCGUUGGGGCAGGGACAUGUAUCUAGUGCAUAUGGCAUUGUACAAUGCUCGAGACACAAUAUUUGGAAAGAUUUUCCAUAGCCUUCCCCUUGCAUAUCUGCUGCUUGUGGUUUCUUUAGCUAAAUUCACAUCUACCAGGGGACUUGCUUAUUCUAAAAAAGCCAGUGGAACUGCUUUGAGAUCUCCAGAGAAAUAUGCCCAUGGUUGAAUUCUGGAGAAAAUCCUUUACAUUUUCCAAUAGUUGUGGUUGUCUUCGUUUGUCUGGUGUUUUGAUAAGGUAUGUGCGUGCUGGGUUUAUUCCACUUACAGGUCUACCUGAAUUCUCCCCUCUAGUUUCAAUGGGAAACACUAUUUAUUUCAGCCCUAUCCUAAGCAGCCAUCGGAGUCGAAAUGCAUAGUUUAGCAGCUGCUUUGCUAUACUCAGUAUUUGUAUUAUUGUAGGGCCAGCCAGGUUGUCCCACCAAGAGGCCUCAUUGUGCUAGGGGUUAUACAAACAUGCUAGGACAGACCCUCCACUAAAGAGCUUAGUCAAAACAAGAUGCAACAAGUGUUUGGUCCUUUCUCCCCCAUUACAAUGUAAAUGUGAUAGGAGCAUGUGGUCACACAAACCCCCAAUGGUUGAGUCCAUUUCUUAAACUGUGGUGCACCUCUCAGGAUUACACUACAGAUCUAUGCACCAAGAGAAAAUUAAAAUCCUUAUCACGUCUACAAUGCAGUACACUCUCCUAUUUUCCAGUUCAGUCCUUUUCUCACUCUUACUGCCAUAUAUUUCUUGUAUGAUCUGAUAACACAAAUGUGAUGAUGAAUAUAUAUUUACUAAAAAAUAAUUUGAAAGUUAAUUCACUGCAGUUUCUUCAGCUGGUAAAUGGAUAAGAGACACAAUAUGUAGCUUUAAAUUCAGAAGAAAAAUAACUGCUGUUUUGAAGUACUUUUUAAAGGGUUUUUGUUUGUAUUGUUUUAUUUCUGAAAUCAUGGAACAUAAUACAGUAUAAAUAGAUAAAACGUUGAUAGCUAUUUCAUUUAUCUUCCUAGCUGUGGUUUAAUUGUUAUGGCGAACAAGAACUUUUAUUCAUGAAUGAAGUUUUCCCUUUUCCAAACCUCUCAGGUCUGGCUUGUUUUAGAGGGAAGAUGCUUAGCUUACAGCAAGGCAAGCUAUUACAGAUAAUUCUUUAGACGUCUAUUACAACUGCUGCAACAAUUAGUUUCUUGGAUCUAUAGUUCUCCUUUGAGUUGGUCAUUUCAUUGUAAUUUAAUUGUUUCUGGUUGAUCGUAAAGGUGUUGAAUUUUUUUGACAUAUUAAAUUUACUUGUUCAUGA